AUGAAUGUGAGGGGCAUUGGGAUGUGGGUUCUGUGUUACCUGGCACUGAUGGCUGUUAUGUACUUUGAUCUGGGUGAACAUUAGCAAAAGUGCCUCAUCAAGGAGAUUCCAGGUAACAUGCUGAUCACAGGUCAUUUUCUUUUGGAGUAUUGGAAAAAGAACCCUAACUCCCCUCCUCUUGGCCUCACUAUCACUGUGUCCAGACCACCAUGUCAUUUUUCUUCUAGAUAUUAAUUUAAAAAACAUGACAGAUUUGGAAAAUUCUAAGUCACAUCCCACGCCUCUGGCCCACUGUUGUGCAUGCAGUCCAACUCGAAUCUAAGGUUUUCCAUUUUCGCCGGUGACAGGCUUAGGAUUCAUUUUGAUGUUGACCCCAGUGCGAGGCACAAAGACAAGGCCCAGACUAUGGAGUACAACCUGAAACCCCUAAGAGACCAGAUGCAAAACAUCACCACAAGGAAAUAAUCAAACACACUUUGUUACGAAAAGGAUGAGACGUUUUGCCAGAUCAGUGAAGAAACCAAUGGGAAAGUUUUGUGGUGGGCUGUUGUAUAGACUUCCAUUCAACUAUCAGUUGGAUUUUGGCAAAUCAAAAGACUUAAAGACUUCCUGAUUGCAAAGAAGUUGAUUUGA